AUGCCUGUCCAAACACUGGGAUUGGGGAUAAUGGAUGAAGAUAAAUUAAUUGAAGAAGUCUUGGAUAAGUUUGUUAAUUGUCAUGAGCAAACAUAUGAAGAAUUUCUGAGCACUUUCACUCAUCUUUCAAAAGAGGAUAAUAUGGCCAAAAGGAGAGCACUUGGAACCAGUUCUUUGGGAAACAUAUUUACCUCAAUAAAAGUUACUCAUAAAAAUCAACCAACUGAUCACCAUCUUAGAAAUACAGCCGUCUUUCUUCAUACUUCAUCUCAAUGUUUAGAAGAAGAACAGAUAGUGAUGGGUGAAGGCCAAAAAGUUGGUGGUUCUUUACAAGGUGAUUUGAAGUGCGCAGGAAAGGUGAAGGUAGAUAAUUUCCUUACCUUAGAAGAUUUGGACAUAGAAGAAGAGAUUAAUCCCCAGAUGAACAAAGAUUUGCUGCUGCUUCCGGGACAAGUGGAACAGGAUGUAACCACCAGUGUUCCUUCUUAUAUUCCUUCUGUGGACCAGCCUCUCCCCACUGAAGUAAAGCCAAAUCCCACUGUAAAAAGGGCAGAUAAGCAGACAGAAGAGAUACUCGGAGAUGAAGUUCAGCCCUUUUCACUUGAUGAAGAUUUUGAUUAUGAUAAUGUGACUUUAACCCCCAAGUUCACUCCUGGAGAGAUAGAGGCCAUUAAACAGCUAUUGAAGCAAGAGAGAAUGAACACCAACAUUGACUUAGAGGCACCCCCAUGACUGAGUCAC